GUUUCUUUGUUAAGAGUUUCCUUGAAAAGGUUUUAUUUAGGGGGGGUGGGGGUGACCUUUUCCUUUUCAAGUGUGAGUGACUGACUAUUAAUUGUGUUUACCCCAGCGGAAAUAACCCACUCUUGUGAUACACAGACCGAACGAGGUGUUUAGUAGCUUCACUAGAGGCUUGGAAGUCUCCUUUUUUAGUGGUUAGUUAACACUUUUUUGCUAAAUAAUUAGACCUGUCUCUCAUUUUUGAGAAGACAAUAAAAGCUUCAUUAGUAAUAUUCUAUAUAACUGAGACGCAGGACUGCAAAGUAGGUUAUUGGUAGGUGAUAGUAGUUUGGUCAUACUGUUUAUGCAAGACAAAGAAACUAUUUUGACCUCCUAUUGGUAAACCAUGUAUGUGAGAAUAUCCUGUCUCAACAAAUAUGGCUAAUUGGACAUUUAUUAGAUCAAAAUUUUUAUUCAGAAGCUUUUGUGUGUAUUAGUGUGUUUAUACUGUGAAACAGAGUCCCACAUCUAGCAUUACAAUUUUCAAACAUAAUUCCAUCUAGAAGAGAUGACAUAAGGUUGAAAGAAUAAUUGAUAACUGUUUUUAAGCAUCUGAUUCGAUGUAUUGUGGUAGUUUGCUUUUUGGAUAUGUAAACUAUAAGAAGACUUAGGUUUAAGUCUAGAUUACUGAUUGAUGUUGGAAAAGAUUGUGUUAUUUGUCUGGAAUGGUUCUCGUAGGCCAUUAUCAUAUGGGUGUGGUGCUAGGGCGUGGGAGGUUUGGUUGGGUGUCACGAGCCACCCACCACAUCAUUGGACGGCCGGUCGCGGUGAAGCACCAGCCAUGGGCAGUUGAUGGCAUCAGUUGUGGUGGUGAGGCUGGGGAACACAAAGACUGCCAGCAUGUGGAAGUGACAAAGUGCCGAGCUGCAUUGGAGAAUGAAGCAGCUCUCCUGGCUCGAAUCUCGCACCCAUCCAUUGUGGCGCUGAUGGAGGUCGUACGUGGUCCUUCUGGUGUGUACGUGUGCUUAGAGGAUCUUGGAGACACAAACCUUGCCACAUUGGUACUACAGCGCUUUGAGAGCAAAAACACUGGACUUAGUGAAUCCUUUGCAUCAACAGUAUUUCGGCAAGUGGCAGCUGGCUUACACCACUUGCAUAGUCAAGGCAUAUUACAUCGUGAUGUAAAGCCAGAAAACAUAAUGGUGAUUCCUGGCACAAAAUAUGUUGCUCCAGUUGCAAAACUCAUUGACUUGGGUUUGGCCAUGGCAUGGGAACCUUCAUCUCCCCUCAAUACAGCACGGACAUGUGCUGGGACCGUCAAUUAUUUAGCCCCAGAACUUACCUUGUCAGCACAUAAUUAUGGCCCUGAAAUAGAUGUGUUCAGCCUGGGAGCUUCUCUCUACUUUACCCUUAUUGGAGAGACUCCCUUUAUUGAAUACAAGCGCAAUGGAAGACGGGGUACCACUGCAGUCUAUGGCCUACAACUGCAUCAUGAGGAUGCAAUAGACACUCUGUCGCGGCAGGCAGGUGUUGUGCUGCAUGCUAUGAUGGACACCAAUCCCAAGACAAGAUGGAAUCUGCCAAAUCUCCUAGACUAUAUCUGGUUCAAUAUUCCAUAUACUGACCUUCAAAAGCGCAAAGAAGGGUACAUUUUCAAGAACAAGAACUCCAGUGAAAGAAAGAACAACAGCAAGGCAAGUGAAUUCAAGAACUCAAGCACAGACUCAGAGGAAGACCUAGGUUAUGAUUCAAGGUUUAGGGGUUCCCGGAUGAGGUCCAACUUUGCACAUGGUUAUGGGCCAAACAACAGUGGGAUUAGCAGUGAGUUAAGUGAGAGUUACAACAGUUGUGAUGAUGUUAGUACUUACAACAACAGGAAGCAGAGCUACUGGGUUGACAAACAGUGUGUUGAACUGGUUUCAUCGCUCCUGAAAAAAGAUGCUGAAGAUGUGUUGCAUAAACUGUGGGAGGAACCUUGGGGUCCUGUUGGUGGUAUGUACAAUUUGCUGCUUCAUGCUGGGGAGCCUCCUUGCCUUGAACAUAAUUAGCUUAGCAAUGCUGAUGUUGGCUUAACUAGUUAAGUCUUGGGAUACCAGAAACAACCAUGAGGCAUUCAUUGGAUAAAGAUUUUGAGGAAAGAGAAAUAUAGUAAGAGAGGAAAACGAAGGGAAGACUAGUGCUUCAAGCAGUAAUGAUAAAAGUUUGUAGAUCUGUCUUUAAUCUGUGCACAUAAACCAUUUGUUAUGCAUUUUUUGUGGGUUUUGGAAGAGCUGUGAUGUUGAUCCCGCACUGUACAACCUGAAAGGCUUAAAUAGGGUGGUGUGAAGAAAAGCCGGCUAAGGUUAAGGUCUCUAAAUAGGUUCUACUGUUGGGAUCUUUUGGGUUUACUUGUGGGUUGGACUUUCAUAAUGAGAAAUAUAUAUAUAUGCUA